CUUGAGCUCUACUUAACCUGCAAAACCCCCUUUUUACCAAAUUUUUAAAAUCAAAUGAAAGUUCCAUUUUUUUCUUAAUUUUUAACUAAAUAGUUGCAUUUGUAUCCUAAUUUGCUCUUAAUUAAUGUUAAUAAUAGUGAAAAGUGAAGCUCUGGAGUAAACUUAUAGUUGUCAGGUCACGAGUUCGAGCCGUGGAAUGACUGGGAUGUGGUGAGUUUGGACUCCUUAUAUGGACUUCGGCAAUCAUUCUUCGAGCUUUUGGGAUUGAGUUAGGCCCAAGAUUCAUUUUUUUACGUCUCGUAUAUGUUAAGCAGAUGAUUUGGUCUUGUUUCUCCCGUUUAUUACGGAUUACACUUGAACAGUGCACUCUAGCUGAUUGACCCUUUUCGGGUUCAGGUGGACUACUCUCUUGGAUGUGCUUUUGAUAUUGUUUGAAGUCCUCGAUUCUUCGUAGCUCAGUCGUUUGGCUUUUCCUUGGAGAAUAACAAGUACAAGAUAAUAGGAAAUUUUCGAAACUUAGUUCUUAUACCAUGCCCAUAUUUUUGGAUAUACAAGAAGCAGAACUAAGUGGCACAAAAGAAGUUUUCUUGUCUGCCAUCCGCUAUGCCACUUCAACUGGUGAUUCUUUGCCUCAAUUCGAGGAUGAUCUAAGAACCUCAGCUCAAGAACAGGUUGAGUUCAUGCUCGAGGACGAUGAAAAGAUUCCUCUGGUCAUAGCUGAUGAUGAAGUAAAAGUGGAGACUAGAAUUGUGGUGUCUAAAAUCUUUUCUUCUUUCGAAAAUGAAUUAUUCUCGUUGAUUUUGGAGCCUGACAUUGCGAACAUGGAGAUGGAAAAGAAUAUAAUGCGGAGUCUAUCUGACCUCGAAUGGAUGCAUAACACUCUUUUGAAGAUGGAUCUCAUGAAGGACUUUGUCACUCACUGGUCUAAUAUAUCGAGCAAUUUACUGAAGGUCAUCGAAGAUAAAAGACUUGAUUCUGUCAUGUGGGAUUUGAAGAUAAAGUUAAUAGAAGUGACAUCUAAAGUAUUGGAAGCAGUAGGUUACGGAACUGUAGUUCUUCCAGCAGAAAGUCGAGUAGAAUUGCUCAAGACAUGGCUUCCAUACAUAAGAAAAAUGAAGUCCCUUUCCGAUGAAAUGGAGGCUGCAUUUCCAUACAAGAUGAGCGAUGACCUUUGCCAGUGUGUCGAGGGAGCUAUAGUUUCAUUGGUUUCAGCAUUACCGUCAAAUGAUCAAGCUGACAUUCUAGCAGAUUGGAUAAGUGCUGAACAGGUUCAAUAUCCAGACCUUAGCGAGGCUUUUGAGAUAUGGUGUUACAGAACCAAGUCUGCACAACGAAGAUUAGACGAGGCUUUGACAGAGUCAACAACGCCAACGCCAUUGCCAUUGUCACCCUCAACAUAAUUUCUGAAGACGAAACAUCGCCUCAUAAACACCUUUGGCUAUUGUUGAUUCUCAUAGUAGCGUCCCCAACAUAUUCCCCGGUGAGUUAGCUCUUUAGAUGUUUUUGUAUCUAUAGUAGUUUUAUGUGUAAUUGUAAUUGGAAACUUCUUUCAUAUAAUAGACAUCUAAAGAUAGGAAAUGAUUAAUUUCUCCUUUGAAUCCUA